CGGAUGCGGUUUCCUCUCUUCUUCAUGUAAGUCAGAUGUCUCUGUAUUCCAAGCGGCUUUAUAUAUUUAAUAAAUUCGAUCUUAUGUGAGUUCUAUUAUCCAUGCAUUUUUACAAUCUCACAGACCCACAGACCUUACUUCUCAUUUUCUAUGCCUCACUCUCUUUCAAUUACAGAAUCUUCAGCCCAGAGAAAACUGAAACACAUCCUUCUUUGCUGACCGUUGAUUUAUUUGAAAAAUAUCAUUCAACCUCCCUUUGAUUCCUUUCCAUUCAAUUUCAAGAUCUAACCGAGAAAAAAAAACCAAAAACCCUAAACUCUGUCGGGAAGAAGAUGGUGGAGAAUUUAAAGAAUGUUCAAGGAUUAGGUGUCUCCAUGGAUGUUCUUCCUCGAAACAGCUCCGACUUAUUCGACGAAGAUGGCCGUCCCAAGCGAACCGGGACGGUGUGGACAGCAAGUGCACAUAUCAUUACAGCAGUUAUUGGUUCUGGAGUGUUGUCUCUGGCAUGGGCUGUUGCUCAGAUUGGUUGGGUCGGUGGUCCAGCAGUUAUGAUACUCUUCUCUCUCGUCACUUACUACACUUCUAUCCUCCUCUGUACCUGUUACCGCUCCGGCGACUCUGUCACGGGCAAAAGAAACUACACUUACAUGGAUGCUAUCCACUCGAACCUCGGUGGCAUUAAGGUAAAAAUAUGUGGAGUUGUGCAGUAUGUUAAUCUUUUUGGUACUGCAAUUGGUUACACUAUUGCAUCAGCUGUAAGCAUGAUAGCAAUCCAACGAACAAGUUGCCAACAAAGCAAUGGGGACAAAGAUCCAUGUCAUGUCAAUGGCAAUCCUUACAUGAUUGCGUUCGGUGUUAUCCAAAUCGUAUUCUCUCAGAUUCCGGAUUUUGAUCAGUUAUGGUGGCUGUCCAUUGUCGCUGCAGUCAUGUCUUUUGGUUACUCCACAGUUGGGCUUGGUCUUGGUAUCUCCAAAGUGGUAGAGAACAAAGAAAUUAAAGGCACUCUCACUGGAGUCACCAUUGGGACAGUGACAUCGAGUGGGACAGUGACACCUACCCAGAAAGUCUGGAGAACUUUUCAGUCUCUUGGGAACAUUGCAUUUGCCUAUGCUUACUCCAUGAUUCUCAUCGAGAUCCAAGACACAUUAAAAUCACCACCUGCAGAGGAAAACACAAUGAGGAAAGCGACUCUCAUAAGUGUAGUAGUGACAACGCUUUUCUACAUGCUCUGUGGCUGCGUAGGGUAUGCAGCAUUUGGGGAUUCCUCACCAGGGAAUCUCCUUGCUGCUGGAGGAUUCAGAAACCCCUAUUGGUUGCUUGACAUAGCCAAUCUCGCCAUAGUGAUCCAUCUAGUUGGAGCUUACCAAGUCUAUUGCCAGCCACUCUUUGCCUUUGUGGAGAAAGAAGCCUCCAAGAGGUAUCCGGAGAGUAAGUUCAUCACAAACGAGACCAAGAUCCACCUCUUUCCAGGAUCCAAGCCUUUCAAGUUGAAUCUCUUCAGGCUCGUGUGGAGGACGAUCUUUGUGAUUACAACAACAUUGAUCUCUAUGCUAAUGCCUUUCUUCAAUGAUGUACUUGGUCUCUUGGGGGCCAUUGGUUUUUGGCCUCUAACGGUCUAUUUCCCUGUGGAGAUGUACAUUGUACAGAAGAAUGUGCGGAGAUGGAGCACAAGAUGGGUUUGUCUUCAAGUCUUAAGUCUGGCUUGUCUUGUUGUGUCCGUAGCCGCGGCCGCAGGAUCUGUAGUUGGGAUUGUUACUGAUCUCAAGAGUUACAGACCUUUUAAGACAGAUUUCUGAGAGCCUUUGAAUCAAAUAAAUUCCCGCAAUAGGGAUCCAGUUAUAUAAUUGGAUGUUGUAACGUAAUCUUUUAAGUUAGUUAAGUGUUAUAUAUGAAAUCUUCUACCCAGAACAUCGGUUGAGUUCGUAUUCUUGUUCAUAAUACAUUAGUGAAUUCAAUAUUGGACUGCCCA